AUGAAGCAGUAUCUGGCAAACCAUGUUAAUGCGGAUGGAGGCUGGGGCAUGCAUUUGGAGGGUACGACGACCGUGUUUGCCACAGCCCUUUACUAUGUGGUUUUAAGGAUACUAGAUGUAGAGAAGGAUCACCCUUUGGCGACGGGCGCGCGAGAGAGGUUGUUGAAGCUUGUAAAAGCAAAGGCUGCUAGGGAAGAAAAAGCAGCUGAAAAAGCUGAAAAGGAAGCUAGGGAAAAGGAAGCAGCUGAAGCUAAAGCAAAGGCAGCUAAGGAAGCAGAAGAAGCUACAAAGGCAAAGGCAGCUGAAGCUAAAGCAAAGGCAGCUAAGGAAACAGUUGAAGCUACAAAGGCCACAGAAGAGAAGGCAGCAAAAAAGGCCAAAGAAGAGGAUGAAAAAAAGCCCAAGGAAGAAGAGGAAGAAGAGGCUAAAAAAAAGCCCAAGGAAGAAGAGGAAGAAGAAAAGGAAGAGCCGCCUUCUGAUGACGACAAUGACGACAUAGUUAAUAGACUUCGACAUGGGGAGACUAUUACCAAACUAAAGGAGGAUAUUUCUAUAUCAGUAGAAGUUCUCUUGUCAAAACAUGAGCAUGUUGUUGGCCACAAGAAAGGGUUUGGAACACCAGUUAUUGUUCUUAAUAAAGAAUUUCCCCAAGCAAGAAUUUGCAGAAUCAGGAAGGACAUUGGACAUGACAAGAGUAGUCCCAACAUUAUGCUAUGGAGACGUGGGGGCGAGCUAAAACCUAACUCUGAGGAGAAAUGGGCGGUUGACGACCUUGAUGCUGUUAAACUGAUAGCAAUAGGUCUGUUGACCGUGCUGCUGCCGUCGUUGCUGCUGGGUGCUUUACUUCCUGGUAUAGGCGGUGCUAUUGGUGCUCCACAAUGGGGCAAGUAUUGGCUGUCUACGUUGAACCUAUAUGAGUGGGAGGGCGUGAACCCUGUCCCUCCUGAGUUCUGGCUUCUACCAGAUUGGGUUCCCUUUCACCCCUGGCGGUGGUGGAUUCAAUGCCGUGUCGUCUACCUCCCGACCUCAUAUCUGUACGCCAACAAGUGUAAAAUGCCUUUGAAUCCACUAUUAAAGGAACUGCGCGAGGAAAUUUACGUCCUGCCCUACUCUUCUAUCGACUUUGUAGCGAACAGCAGCACCGUGGCUGCAACUGACCUAAAGCGGCCAUACACUCCACUUGUGAGGGUCAUGAGUACUGUUAUGCGGGCAUGGGAAAUAUAUCUGAGGCCAUCUUGGCUGCACAAUCAAGCUAAUGUGGCUGUAAGGGACCUAAUACGGCGCGAAGACGAAAACACAUCUUACAACGACCUUGCUCCAGUCAACAAAGCCUUCCAUACGGUCGUUGCGCACUUUGCCGACGGCGGGGAUCGGACUGCUGUACGUCGACACUGGGCGAAAUUGACAACGUACCUCUGGCAAAGUAGGGAUGGCAUGACUAGCGGAGGAACAAAUGGGGUGCAGCUAUGGGAUACAGCUUGUAACGUUAUUGCUGUUGCGGAAGCUGGUCUGGCGAGGACUCCAGAAUUCAAGGAUACUAUGCAAAAGGCACUAGAGUUUAUCGAGCUCUCGCAGUUCCAAGAGGAUUUGAAGGACCCCUAUCGCCAGAAGAGAAAGGGCGGUUGGCCAUUCAGCACAAAAGCCAACGGAUAUAUUGUUUCUGAUUGUUCAGCGGAGGGCAUGAAGGCUACCAUCUUGCUUCAGGAAGUCUACGGCUUCCCAAAACUCAUAUCCGACUCCCGCCUACAAGACUGCGUAGACACGCUGCUAAAAAUGCAAAACAAGGAUGGCGGCUUCGGUAGCUAUGAAAAAGCCCGAGGAAGCGAGUUGAUGGAGCUUCUCAACCCUGCUGAAGUCUUCGAUCGUAUCAUGGUUGAGUACUCCUACCCAAAAUGCACUACCGCCGUUCUUACUUCCCUCUCUCACUUCCGCAAGCAUUUUCCUACCUACCGCCGCGACAGCAUCCAGAAGGGUAUCACUGUAGCUAUGGACUACAUCACAAAUGUUCAGCGCCCUGAUGGAAGUUGGUAUGGCUCUUGGGCGAUCUGCUUCACAUACGGGACCUUUUUUGAGAGUCUAGCUAGUGUGGGUCAGACAUACCAGGCAAGCGAGCGCGUGCCUAGGGCUUGCGACUGGCUUGUGAGCAAGCAGAUGAAGGACGGAGGUUGGGGAGAGCAUUAUUCCUCGUGCGAGGUUGCGGAGUAUGUCCAGCACGAGAAGAGUCAGGUUGUUAAUACAGCGUGGGCUACACUCGCGCUGAUGAAUGCAAGAUAUCCACGUGCGGAAGUCAUUGAGAAAGGGCUUCAGCUGAUCAAGAUACGUCAAUUACCAAACGGAGAGUGGCUACAAGAAAGUAUCGAGGGUGUUUUCAAUCGCACGUGGUAA